UCAGCUACACCUUCCGCGGCGACCCCCACGCCAUGUUCGCCGAGUUCUUCGACGGCCGCAACCCCUUCGACACCUUCUUCGUGCAGCGCAACGGCGAUGACGACAUGGACGUCGACGACGCCUUCACCACCUUCCACAUGGGCGGCUUCGGCAACGUCGCCUUCCCCCGCUCGCGCGGCGCCCAGGAGGGCGUCUGCCGCAAGCAGGAUCCCCCCGUCCUCUACGAUCUCAAGGUCUCCCUGGAGGAAGUUUACACCGGCUGCACCAAAAAGAUGAAGAUCUCCCACAAGCGCCUCAAUCCCGACGGCAAGACGGUCAGGAACGAAGACAAAAUCCUCACCAUCGAGGUCAAACGAGGUUGGAAGGAAGGAACCAAGAUCACCUUCCCCAAGGAAGGAGACCAGACGCCCAACAACAUUCCCGCUGACAUCAUCUUUGUCGUCAAAGACAAACCGCACAACGUUUUCCGCAGGGAAGGCUCGGACAUUAUCUACCCGGCUAAAAUCAGCCUCCGUGAGGCCCUGUGCGGCUGCACGGUGAACACUCCCACGCUGGACGGCCGCACCAUCCCCAUGGUCUUCAAAGACGUCCUGAAACCCGGCGUGAAGCGGCGCAUCCCCGGCGAGGGCUUACCUUACCCCAAGACCCCCGAGCAGCGGGGCGACCUCAUCAUCGAAUUUGAGGUCAAAUUCCCUGACCGCAUUCCUCCUGCUUCAAAAACCAUCCUGGAGCAGGUCCUGCCCAUAUAGCGCCUCCGCUUUAAGGACUUGGCUAGAGCUCGAGGUGUGGUGGUUUCUUUUAUUUUCUCUUUUUCGGGAGGGGA